UAUAUAUAUGUAUCAUUGUGUUUGUUGAGAGAAAAGAUAAGUUAGGAUCAAUAUGACUACAAGGCCUCAAUUUGUAUUGUUUGGUUCUUCCAUUGUUCAAUUCAAUCAUUAUGGUGAAGGUUGGGGAGCUACUCUUGCUCACUUGUAUGCUCGUAAGGCAGAUAUAGUUUUGCGGGGAUAUGCUUCUUGGAAUUCAAGGCGCGCUCUUCAAGUUGUGGAUAAUCUUUUUCCUAAGAAUUCCAUUUCUGAGCCACCAGCAUUGGUGAUUGUGUACUUUGGUGGUAAUGAUUCUCUUCUUCCCCAUCCAAGUGGCCUUGGGCCUCAUGUACCAAUUGAGGAAUAUAUAGAAAAUAUGAGGAACAUUGCUAACCAUCUAAAGACACAUUCAGAGAAGACUCGCCUUAUAUUUCUCAGUACUCCUCCUGUCAACGAGGGACAAAUAAUAGGCAACAUCGAUGAAUUCGGGAGAGCAAAAAGGUCAAAUGCAACUCGGCGAAUAUAUUCAGAAGCAUGUUUAAAGAUAUGUAAUGAGUUGAAUAUCAAGGCGAUUGAUUUGUGGUCUGCGAUUCAGAAAAGAGAAGAUUGGGAAGAUGUUUGUUUCAUUGAUGGAGUUCAUUUCUCAGCUGAGGGGAGUAAAAUAGUGUCAAAGGAAAUAUUGAGGGUUAUCAAAGAAGAGUGGGAAACAAGUCUAUACUGGAAAACAAUGCCGGUUGAAUUCGGAGAAGAUUCACCAUAUGAUCCGGUUCAUCCUGAUGGAACAUCAACUGUUAAUGUCUCCAAUGUGCCAUUUCCUGAAGAUGAAGACUGGGAGUGGGAGUAAACUCGUGUCCCUGAUUCAAGGAUCAUUAGAGAAAUGUUGUGCCUAAUGAAAUAGGACAGUCUUCAAUUUUACAUGUUCAAUAAUAAAUGUGUGAUUGUACACCAUGGUUUUUCACCAUACGAAUAGUGAAAUUUGAUUUGGUUUGUGCUUUAAUUGAGGCAAUUGUUGUGCCUAAGAAUUUGUGGUAUAUAGUCUUUAAUUUUUACUUUGCUCAAUAAUAAAUUGGUGAUCAUUACUUGAUCAUUGUUUUUCACUGUGAGAAAUAAAAUUUGUUACCCUGUUAUGCAAA